GCUCCACCGUCGUAUUGAAGUGACACCAGUCUGCACAUUGUACCUCCGCCGGCAAGACGUUCACAUGGCCAUGAAGAAGAGAUAUGUAAAGCGUCUGGUACGCAAAGUGGUGCUCCUGGUGGUUUGCAUCAUCGUGAUUUCAUUGGUCACCACCAUGAUAGUUGAGAAACGGAUGCGACCAGCUUCGGGCGACACCGAAGAACAUCUCGAUCCCAAUGGAGAUCCCAUAACACCCGUUUUCCGGGCUGCCAAUGUAGAACCGACCCGCAAGGCUGCCCGCCCGCCAUUCCAGGAUCGCAGCUUGGUGCGAGAUCCUGUGCCGGGUGAGGCUCGUCCUGUAGUGGGCUUUAGGCUACCGGAACCGAAAGGAGAGCGCAAGGACUGGCACGAUUAUGCCGCCAUGGAGGCGGACAAAACACGUUCGGGUUUGGGUGAGCAGGGCAGGUCGUCGGAAAUUGAGAAUCCAGAUGAAAAGGAAAUGGAGAGUUUGCUCUACAGAAAGAAUGGUUUCAACGGCCUCUUAUCGGAUCGAAUUUCGGUCAAUCGAUCGUUGCCCGAUGUACGACACGAGCAGUGCAAAACACGAAAAUACCUCGCCAAACUGCCGAAUGUUAGCGUAGUUUUUAUUUUCUUCAACGAAUACUUCAGCACCUUGCUCCGUUCCAUUCAUAGUGUCGUGAAUCGUACUCCGAAAGAGCUGUUGAAGCAAAUCAUCCUGGUUGAUGAUGCCAGCGAAUGGGAGCCACUGAAACAGCAACUGGAGGACUAUGUAAGCACCCAUUUUCCCGGCCUGGUGGACAUUGUAAGAAACCCAGAGCGACGUGGUCUAAUUGGUGCCAGAAUAGCUGGAGCCAAGGUUGCCGUUGGAGAAGUUAUGGUCUUUUUUGAUUCUCACAUCGAAGUUGCCUAUAAUUGGCUUCCACCAUUGCUCGAACCCAUUGCCAUUAAUAACAAGAUAUGCACCUGUCCAAUGAUUGAUUCCAUUGAUCAUUCGAAUUUUGCCUACAAUGGAGGCUUUCAGGAGGGAUCUCGUGGGGGCUUCGAUUGGAAAAUGUAUUACAAACAACUGCCGCCCUUAGCCGAGGAUUCCAUAGACAAAUCCAUGCCUUUCCGGAGUCCUGUCAUGAUGGGCGGCUUGUUCGCCAUGAAUACGGAUUUCUUCUGGGAUCUGGGAGGCUACGAUGAUGAGCUGGACAUUUGGGGCGGUGAGCAGUACGAACUGAGUUUCAAGAUCUGGAUGUGUGGCGGAAUGUUGCUGGAUGUGCCCUGCUCCCGAGUGGCCCACAUCUUCCGAGGACCCAUGGAUGCAAGGCCCAAUCCAAGGAACAACACCAAUUUCGUAGCAAGGAAUCACAAACGCGUGGCGGAAGUUUGGAUGGACGAGUACAAACAGUAUCUGUACGACCGGGAUCCAGAGACCUAUGAAAAAAUUGAUGCUGGAGAUCUCUCUCGUCAGAAGGGUGUGCGGGAGCGGUUGAAGUGCAAGAGCUUUCACUGGUUUAUGACCGAGGUGGCGCCCGAUUUCCUCGAGAAGUACCCACCUGUGGAGCCACCGGCCUAUGCCUCCGGGGCCAUUCAAAACGUGGCCCAUCCCAUUUAUUGCCUGGACUCAAUGGGCAAGAUUAGCAAUGAUGCUGUAGGACUCUUCAGUUGUGCGGAUAAUCGAACACAUCCGCAGGCGAACCAGAACUGGAAACUCUCCCAUGAUCGAGAGUUGCGUCACAGGGAGGAGAGCAUUUGCCUAGAUGUACAGGAUUCUAAUGCGAAUGCCACCGUCUGGAUGUGGUCCUGUCACGGUCAGGGAGGUAAUCAGUUCUGGUACUAUGAUAGAAAGAAUCAGUGGCUGGUCCAUGGGAAAAAUGGCCACAACUGCAUGGAGGCCAUCGUCGAGGAUGGAGUGGCCAAGGUCUGCGUCAAUAUUUGUGAGCGGGACAACGAACAACAACGCUGGGUGUUCGGAACUGUUAAUGACGAAAUGCUGGACAAGUUCUACGAUGGCUUGAAUUAGUCAUCCCUAAAGAAAAUCGUUUCAUUCAAUAAAAAUAAAACAGACUCUAGAGUUCGAGAACCUCUGGUCAUCUCGGGUCUAGUUCAUUGAUCGUUUUGAAGGUUUCGGAACAGUUUGCAAAAUAAAUUCCAUUUUUCCAUUAA